AUGGUAGCUAUAAGAAGAGUUGAUUUGUGGCAUUCUAUUCGACACAUAGCACAGGAUAUGCUUGAUGAUUGGAUAGUAAUUGGUGACUUUAACUCUUUUAUGGACUCGGUUGAUAAACUGGGAGGAGCAUCGCCGUCUUCUCAUACUAUGAAACAAUUUUCAGAUUGUAUCUUAGAAACUGGGCUGAUUGAAAUUCCGAUUGUGGGUGAACGCUUUACCUGGGAAAAGCAAGCAGUGAAGGAGAGACUGGAUUGGGCUUUCAGCAACAUCUCUUGGGAGUUGAGCCAUCCUAACCAUAAAUCUCACUACAAGCUUAGAUACAAUUCUGACCACAGGCUUAUUGUUGUUACCAGUGGAAACUCUGAUGCGGGAGCCAAAAAGAAAGGUCAAUUCAAAUACUACUCAGCUUGGGCAAUAGAAGAUAGCUUCUUUGAAGUGGUUAAGAGUGCUUGGGAAAAUGAGGAGUGGUGCAUUGGAACUAUCAAAUUUAAGGAGGAGGCUACCGAAUGGAACAAAAAUUUCAUAGGUAGUAUUCCUAAACGGAAGCGUGCUAUUCUGAAAAGAAUUGAAGGCAUCAAUUGGGCAAGGAAAAAUAAUAAUUCCAAUGGAUUGUUUUGUCUGGAGAAAGAGCUCUGGUAG